UUUGUAAAUAUUUAGUAUGUAAUAUAGAUUUUUUUUUCCGAAUGCGGCGACGAGAUCAUAAUCAUAAUCAUAAUGAUGAACGUUGAUAAUUAUAAAAAUGAGGAAAAUGAUUUGUCAGUAGAAGAUCAAAACCACCACGGCCGGAAACAGCAACAUUCCACCGCCUCCGCUUCAUCACCGCCCGCGGCAGCUGGUGGUGGGGAGUUGCCCCCGGCGGAGCAACCGCAACCAGCACCUGCUGUGCUACAGUUUCCUAAUGUCACAAUUCCGGCUAGGGAUCUUAAUACUGUCUGUAGCGGUGGGGGUAUCAGCUUUCUCAGUGGAAAUCAGAGUUUGAAGUUUAGCUAUGGAUAUUCUAGUUUCAAGGGAAAACGUGCAUCAAUGGAGGACUUCUAUGAAACGAGAAUAUCAGAAGUUGAUGGACAAAUGGUUGCAUUUUUUGGUGUUUUUGAUGGUCAUGGUGGCUCGAGAACAGCUGAAUACCUUAAGAACAAUCUUUUUAAGAAUUUAAGCAGGCAUCCAGAUUUUAUUAGAGACACAAAGUCUGCCAUAGUUGAAGCAUUUAGACAGACUGAUGCUGAUUACCUCAAUGAAGAAAAAGGCCAACAGAAAGAUGCUGGCUCGACAGCAUCAACUGCCGUUCUUUUGGGGGAUAGGCUACUGGUUGCAAACGUGGGAGAUUCUAGGGUUGUUGCUUGUAGAGCUGGUUCAGCUAUUGCUUUGUCCGAUGAUCACAAGCCUGAUAGGUCUGAUGAGCGUGAAAGGAUUGAACAGGCAGGAGGUUUUGUCAUAUGGGCAGGUACAUGGCGUGUUGGUGGGGUUCUUGCCGUGUCUCGUGCAUUUGGAGAUAAAUUACUAAAGCCAUAUGUUGUAGCUGAGCCAGAAAUACAGGAGCAGCAAAUUGAUGGUGUAGAUUUUAUAAUAAUUGCAAGUGAUGGUCUUUGGAACGUACUUUCUAAUAAGGAUGCAGUAGCAAUAGUACAGGAUACAACAGAUGCAGAAGCUGCAUCUAGAAAGCUUAUAGAAGAAGCAUAUGCAAGGGGGAGUUCUGACAACAUUACAUGCAUAGUUGUUCGAUUUGAGAGAUCAUGAUCUGACUGAACACAAAUUAAGGUCAAAGUGUCAUGAAAAUUGUUCUUGCUCGUCCAUGCCAUGCAUUUGACCAUGUUGUAAUAGAAAUUUGUGUGGCCCGUACGCCCGAUGGAUCCUUUCUUUCAUGAUUACGUAUACUUCUUGCUGUUUGGAAGCUAGAAGGUUCUUGUAGGUCAAUUUCCUUCUGCCCCUGAUGCAUCAUUUGUAAUGGUGAAUGUAUAUUUGGGAUCCCGACCAGAGGAGCAAGGUUGCUGAAGACGACAAGACAUAUAUCGAAUUAGUCUAGAAUUUAUAUGCACAUCUGUUCAAUAAGUAUGGAUUAAGGCUCGACUGAUUGAAGCUUUUAGCGAUACCAUAACCCUUUUCAGCUUUUAGUGAUCUACCGACAAAGCAUCUAGUUUCAGGUCUGCCUUCUUAUUUAAACGACCUUCCGGAUGAGAUAUCAAAGCAGGAAAUAAUUUGUCAACA